CACUCUGAAAGAAAGACGUUUUUGGAGGAUCUGUGACACAGACAUUUUUUAUCUUCUACAGGAGAAAAACACAACUCGCAAUAUGUGUACGGAAAAGUGUUCACUUGUUUUGUACCCAUUAGUGCUCAUCUCCGUAAUCUGUAAUAUAAUACUGUUUUUUCCCUGUUGGGAUGUUAAAUACGUGCAAAAUGGACAAAUUACAAAGGAGGUAUAUCUCAUGGGAGGACUGCUUGGAGGAGGUGUACUGGUAUUGCUCCCUGCUGUUCAUUUUCACCGUACUGGAAACGAAGGCUGCUGUGCUAAGCCCUUUGGGAUGUUUCUGGCAGCAGUGGGUGUUGUUGGUGCCCUCUAUAGUUUCUUAGUGGCACUGUUGGGCCUUUUCCAUGGGCUCUACUGUGGAUAUGAUAUUGACUGGACUUCUUUCCUUAAAAAACAGGGUGAAGGUUACCUUAGUCAUUUAUGGAAAGACUGCUCUGGGGCUGAUUCAAAGAUCGUGAUGAAGUUUAAUGUGGUUCUGUUCUCAGUGCUGUUGGUGGCCAACAGUCUGCAAAUCAUCCUUUGUGCUAAGCAGUUCAAGGGCCUUUUGGGAUGGCUUUGGAAAAUCUUCACCACUUCUUUCAAGUGUUCGAAAUAUGUCAAAGUUUAUGGGGGGGUCCCCUAGCUAAGCCCCACCCCCCUCAUUAUAGGGUUGCUGUAAUUUGACAAAGUAAGAUGUAGUCCUGGAUUAACAAUCAUCUGAUCCUGGUUUUCAUCAAAGAAACCCCAAAUUACCCUUAACUCAAACCCUAAAUGUUUUUACCCCUCAAAUUAGUGUGAAACCCUGGCAAGGCCAAACAUUUUCAACAGAAGAGGGGUGGACCUCAAUGCCUACUCUCAAAUUACAAAUUUUUACUUUAAAGUAUUGGUUAAAUGGAUUACAUUGCGUUUUUUAAAUCAUAGAUCGAAUAAUUUUCGGAUCAGCAAAACUGGGGCUGGGGAGAUAAAACUAAGAAAUGAUGAGCAUAUAAAAUAGAAAAGAACAAAGUUACAAUUAAAAUAAGAUCUAACAGUAGUAUUUAGGUAUAAAAGGAAUCAAAUAAACAUUAACACUGUCUUCUUUAUUAUAUAAAUUAAUUAAUCUUUUUAAAGAUAAGUGAUUUUCCUUUUUUUCUGUUGUUUAAUGAAUAUAAAUGACAGAAACACAAGCAGAUAAGAACUGCUACUUUCAGACCAACACAAAGAUCUGACUUCUUUCUGAACUGCUUGCACUCACUUUAAGACAUAACUGAAUGUUUUUAUGAGAAGACUGUGGUAUUUCGCGAUAAUUUUGUGUUUGCAUGCUCGCGCGUCUCCGUGCGUCCGCUUAUGAGUGUGCGUUCAUUUGAGUAUGUGUGUGUGUCAUUGUCUGUGCGCACACACAACAGCUCACUUUAACAUCUUGCGCUCAAAGUGUUUAAAAUCGCUUGCAUGUUAACAUUUGCAAGGUUUAAAAAACACAUGCAAAAGUUAACUCUCUAUAAAUAGUUAUUUCUGAAUGAUGCGUAUUUGAGCGAUUAGUAUCAAAGAGACUAUAAUUUAUUAUCAUUUAUGUGUGAUUUAUUCUGCUUUCCCAUUAAAGUAUUUUAUGUUUCUUUUGACAUGGUGGACCAGCUGUCAUUUUGAGUGUGUAGCCUCGCCACUGUUAUGAAAUAAUAGUUUGAGAAGAAUAAAACCCCUAAAGAUUACUAAAUAUUCUUACCGUCACUCAGGUGAAAAUAAUCCACAUGACACGCAGACAGAGACAUUAAUGUGUCUGUCAAUUCGUCCAGAAAACAGGCGAAAAUGAGGCGCACUUGCGAGUUUAUAUUUAUUUCCGACAGAAAUCAUGUGAAUUAGCUUAUUGCGAAAUUGGAACAAAUAAUGGACAGUAGCCCGUGACAGCGCAAUAUGAGAAUUUUAAAUUCAUGUUGUAUUUUAAUUUUAAUAAAAACCAGGGGACCCCCCCCUAAUUUAUAUUUUUGUAAAAUAAGGCAAUCGCUACUUCCAUUUCAUGGCGACUUUAACACAUUGUGUUUAUAUUUUGGCCGCUUAUGUUUGCUCUUACAAGAUUUACUAGUAAAUGUAUUUUAAUUGAACUGUCUUAAUGGAUUAAGCAUAAAUAUUUUUUAUCACGUUAGUCCCCGAAUGCCCUUGGGCUUGAGGUCGUAUGACAGUUUGAGAAUCUUUUCAUUUGUUAUAUAUUCACAAAAUCCAUAUAAAGGGUGAUCAGUUAUGACUUCUGAAAUUGAAUAAAAAUGACCAGAUUAGAGGUUUCUGUCCGACAGCUACAAUAUUUUGUUUAAAAAAUGUAUUAUAACAUUAUGGAUAAAUAAAUGCUUGAGGAAUAUUUAACUGUAGGCCUACUCAGUUGUUUUAUCUAUUGGUUACCAGCACAUUACUUUUUGUUUCUUUAACUUUAAAGAUGAUUGUGUACUUAUAUAGAGAUGGGCAUUUUUCAGCAAUAGCACAUUAUAUUCAAAUAUUUGAGCUUGUUAAAAAUAUUUUUUGUUCAUUUAAAUGACAUUUUUAUGCAUUUGUAAUGUUGUCACAUUUUCACCAAAAGCUUAUAAUUAGGAAAUACACACAACACGCUAAACAUAUCUUUAUAUGUGUGUUUUUUAAUUGUUUGUAUUCUUAUAUAAUAAGAAUAACAAUAUAAAUUUAUAUUGCGCUAAAAGCGAUUUACAUAUGGAAAGAGGAAUUAUGUUUCAACCGCCACCAAUAAAGUUAAAAAAUUCUCUUUUUUAUUAAUAUUUACACCUGUGUUGUGCUUGUGUAAACAACUAAUUUAUCUGAAUACUUUCGGAGUCAUAUUGUCAUGCAUUUGAUUUUGACAUUGGUGGGGACACAAAUAAUGUCAUUAUCAGUGGCAGUUGGUCAAUAGGGGGCACUGAGGCACCGCCCUCUUAAAGUUGGCCAGAAAGUGAAGCUAUCUUAAUAUGUUACCAAAGGUUAAAUAUAUAGUGCAAAUUAAUACAAAAUAAAAUCAAACCUGA